AUGAAUUGUGUGGGGUAUCAGUACGUCUAUGCGUGCGUGCUUGGGUUCGUCCUUCUCCUCCGCCCUCGUCCUUCGCCUCUGCAUCACCCACUGCUCCCUUGCGUCGCCCCUCCGCCUCGCCUCGCCUCGCCUCGCCUCACCCCUUUACCCCCCAGCUCGCCUCGCCCCGGCGUACAGUCUCCCUCGCCUCUUGAGAGCGGUCGCGGGUUGGCGAUGUGCCGCGGCACGCAACUCGUAGCACCCACCACCACACCCUCGCCUCAC